AUCUUCUCGUCAACUAAUGGACAUCUUCAGCGCAAUUAGCUACUAUUGUCUGCUAAUUAGAGGUGUCUAUUAUUUAGGCAAUGUCAUUUUUCUCAUGUCAAAUCAACAGAAAAUGGAUUUCUAAAUCACUUAGCACACAAACUUGGUAACCCAUGGUGAAUUCAGCUGAAUUUACAAAGAGAAAUUGCUCAAAUGUGCCUAAUAAUACUGAUACUGGUGUAACAAGACACAUGGGAAUGUUUACAUUAAAGCAGUCUGUGCAGAAACUUUGCCUGUUAAUGGCAGAAGUUUACUUUUUUGGAGUGUAAUUAAUUAGAGAGAUAUGUUCUUAAUAAAAAUAAUAAAUAAAAAAGUUCUGUUGAGUUAUUUCAACUAAAAAUAAAGACAAAGUGAAAUAUUUUGCGACUUUGUAGUUCAAUCAAUAAAAGAGGAACAAGUCAAAAAUUUGCUCCGGCCUAUCUUGGGGGUGAAGAAGAGAAGAAGAGUAUUGAAAUCAAUGCGAUCAGUUAAAAACAUGCUCAUGAUAUUCUUUUGAAGUCUCCUGUGUAUCAGUUUGUUCUAAAGAGCUCUGAAUGUCAUUGGUCAAAAAAAACACCUACCGCCAUGUAUUUAUUAAAUCCAUAUUUAAGAAAAUUAAGAAUCAGUGAAAGUGACCAACACACUAACAAGCAAGAGUUUUACAUGUGCUGACGUCAGCAUUUUUUUUUGAUGGUUAGUAUGACAACUUUUGUGUUACCCCGUUUCAACAGUCAAGUGGAUUUGUUUUUAUCGAAAUUUUGUUUUCUUUUUUUUACAAGCUACAAGAAAGAACUUUUACCGAAGUUUUCUUUUUGAUGAUCGUGCAAUCUGACUUUUCUGGUGCUAUCAUUUUGAAUUGUAUGUUGUCUGAAGAAGUUGCAGCGGUGGUUAUACCUGGUGUUGGUUAACUGAAGUAGAUGGCAGUGAAAAAGAUGUAAAUUUGGCUGGAAUGAGACGCAAAGCUCAGGAGAAAGACAAAUUUGAAGCUCCUCCCCCAAAAGAAGAAGUCGUGCCUGAAAACAUGAUGCAUAUAGGCAAACGAUCCCCUAGAAGGCGUUCACGCUCUCCCAUUCACAGCGGCUCAAAUUAUGGUCGAUCUUUGUCACCAAUGUCAAGAUACGAAGAACUUUAUAGGAAAGAUGAUCCAUUUGGAAGAUAUGGUGCCUAUGAUCCUCAGAGAGAUUUUCCACCUGGUAGAGGAUAUGCACCACAUCCUCACGAUGAUGGUUACCCACCUCCAUAUGGUGGCAGGGAAUUUCCACCGAGAAGUAACCCAUACGGUAGAUCAUACGAUGAUCAUAGACCACCUCCAUAACGCUUUAGGCCGUCAACAGACUGUGAAAUCAUCUCUUUAUCUAAGGAGGAAAGCCGUUAUGCAGAGGAAGUUGAAGCUCGGCUGCGUAGUAUUGGACUGGUUUGUAACAUAGGUUAUCCUCCCAUUGAUUUGCCAGUGGCAGAAGUAAUUGAUCGUAUUACUCGUGCUGGAACACUUUAUGUGAUUGUUGUAU